UCCACGUCGAAGGCACAUUCUGUUUUGGAGCGGAAAGGCGGUAGCUAGAGAGCAAAGCUAUUGGAUGGACCGCUCACUCCAGCUAGCGUUAAUUGAAACCCUAUAGCUCCCGCAGCAGCCCUGCGCAGCGCACAUGCUCAGUUUUUCAUUUCGUGUCGGCGAACAGUGCAGAGACAGCAGGAGAGCGAGCGAUCGAGGGAGGGACAGUCCGAUGGAGGGAGACGUCUUCGAAUGGUGUUCUACACAAAGUGAUUCCACUGUUCCAGGAGAGAAGAAAGACCCUUAAGAAAAGGCUUGAUAUUUUCCUUCCUUCAGGAUUUUGCCGGCGUUAUGGAAAGAAAAUCCUUAAGAGCACAUAUAACCAAACAACUCAAGACUUUGUUACAUACUCUAAAUGUAAACUGAAUGCCAAAAGCACCGUCUUUAGUAUAGAUGAAGGGCUUAGGGGACUUGUGAAUCGCUGGAGAGGCAUCAGAGAAGAUAGGGUCCUGAGGAUUUAUGAGUCUAUCCAAGACCUUGGAGACCAUCACGGCAGAAACAGGAAACUGGAAAUGAAUGAGGCAUUCUCAGCGCAAUCUAUGAAGGAGAAUGGCCUUGGAGAAGAAACUAUGGGAGGAGAAGAUUCAACAGCACUUGGGCAGGUGUGCAAUGUAGCAGCAGUAGCGCGAGAUAAGGGAGUGCAGGUGUCAUGUAACGGCAUGGAGAGGAGCUUGGGGGAAUCUGUCCUUCUUGGGAGCCAGCUGCCUUCCAUAGGUACAGAGGUCAUGGAUAUCGGGCCCCUCAACCACAAGGAGGAUGCGGGAGCAGAAUCAGGAGACCCCGUGGGCGGUGAAUCGAAUGCCCUGCAUCAGCCUCCCAGAGACUGGCUGGAGCCCCUGGAGGAAGACGACGAUGCCGAAGAGCUUGACAACCAAAUGUGGAAGGUGAACCCACUUAGACGACGGAGGCAGGUAAAUGGAAAAAGGCAGACUGUGAUCAAGGACAAAAAGAAUGCCCUGAAAAUGAACAGCAAUGGCCGGUUCCGACGCAGGCGGCGGGGUACUGAUGUAGACGGCGACUGGUUGGACUGGCCUGUGCUGGGAGAAGGCUGGAAACGCAAAGAAGUCUUCCGACGAUCAGGUUUCAGUGUAGGCAAGACAGACACAUAUUACAAAAGGUACACACACACGCACACAAGGGCACAUGCAUCCACUCACAAUUCCAAGAUGUGCUCGUGCUGCGGGAGCAGCACUGUUCCACCUAACCCUUUCGAGAUGAAGCAGGCGUGGGAUGAUGUAGCACCAAGUGUGACCUCAUUUUUUGGCAUCACCUGA